AUGGCGACGGCUACGGCCCCAUCCUUCGAAAUGGCUGAUGGACCCGUGCUUAGUGUAAUCAACAAAUGCCUUCGAGCCCUCCGCAAAAAGCAAAAAUGCAUUAUCCAGAUGGAAGAAUCCCUUGCCCAAGGUAAAACUCUCAACAAGGAACAAGAAGAAACAUUGCACUCCAAAUCUACCGUCCUUGCUGGCAUCGAUGAGCUCGAGAAGCUUCGCAGGCCGCUCAUGGCCGCUCUCUCCCAGGAAUUCUCUUUAGCUUUGGAAAAACUUCAAAACCUUGAAACCUCAAUUGGAGAACAUCCAAUUGAAGUAAAUCCAGCUGAGGAAACACGGAACACCGAGAAGAAGAAGCAGGCGGAACCAGCUGUGAAGUGA